AUGCCUGAACUUAAACCAGGAGCAAAAGUUCUGGUUAAGGACAUGCAGUCCCAUGGCGAGGUUGUGCAUAAAUUGCGUGAACCUAGGUCUUAUGAAGUAGCUAUGCCCCACAGGGUGAUUCGUAGAAAUAAGAAGUAUUUAGCUCCAUGUGGUCAUGAGGAUGACCUCCCACCACAAAUUGAGAAAUCUUGGGAUGUAGCUUUAGGUCCUCUUAAACAGUUACCCAUGAAUCUGUUCAUUAUGUGGAUGGCUGGUAAUUCUAUAUCUAUAUUUCCAAUAAUGAUGGUGGGUAUGAUGUUGUGGAGACCUGUGCAGGCAUUGCUUUCAAUCCAAAAUACUUUCAAAUUACUUGAAGACAGUCCGCAAUCACUGGUUCAAAAGUUUGUCUAUUUCCUUGGCAAUAUUGGCGGUGUUGGGUUAGCAGCAUAUAAAUGUUCUUCAAUGGGAUUAUUACCAACACAUGCUUCUGACUGGAUAUCCUUUUUAGAACCACAAGAGAGAGUGGAGUAUGCUGGUGGAGGACUUCUCUUAUGAUAUCUAUCUGAUGGAAAUUUUUCCUAAUUUAUUCCCACUAAGACAAACCCCAAAGAGGAUAUGAAGUACACCUGAUUUCUACCAGAACGCUAUCUACUGUAUUUGUCUGCAACAGAUACAAAUGUUCCCAUCUUUUGUCUGUAAGAAGUACAACUCCAAUAUUUCUAUGUGAUACAAACACGUUUGUUUUGGUGGGAUUUUAAGUACACUAAACUGUUAUGAUUACGAGUUGUUAUAACUUGUUUACAGGUCGUCUAUAUAAAUGUAUGCACUUCUGAUUGAGCCAAUACAUUAGAUUUCUUGACAUUGAGAUGAAAUGAUGGUAUAUAUGAUUCAUUGAAUGUACCGGUAACCUCAAUUCAAAUGUCAUUUUAUAAGGGAAAGAUGAUAUUGUGGGGAUAGAUAACGCUGUCAAUAGAAAACAUCAAUGAUUGUUUUACUGUGUUUCUGACUUCUUUUGAAGUUCUUAGAAAUGACAUACUAUAGAAUACUUGAUUUUCGCUUGGGAUUUAUUUUCAUUAUUUAGUGAAAAUAAAAUCCAGCUAAUAUACCUUUUUUCUAUAUUUUACAUUAAACUUGUCAAAAAUCAGUGAAAAUAAAUUCCAUACAAAACACCUAAAAGUCUUUUCAGCGAAAAUUAAUUCCAGCUAAAAUAAAGUAUUUUACAGUAUCCUAUUUGUGUUUAACAAUUCUGUGUAUGGCAUUAUUCAAAACUGACAAGUCCCAUUUUAUAAAGCAAGGCAAUCCCAUAUAUGGCAUUAUCUAUUACUGACAAUUUUGUACAUGGCAGAUUUACUCUGGGACUGACAAUGCCAUACCAUUUUCCUCUACAAUCAUAUUUUGUAAAUUUUGGAAGCUUUACCCUUUUUAUGUACAAGCAAACUAAUAAAAGUAUUGAAAGAUUA